UCCAAAAUCCUCCCCAAAGAAUGAAAGAACAUCCCAAAGUCCGACCUAUUUUGACUUAAAUACCCUCAACCUCUGGCUAAACUUUGUAUUUCUCAUGCCCUUCACCCACUCUGCCUCUUCUGCCCCCGUAAUUCCUCAAUCUCCCCUUUGCCCUUCCCUAACCCCCUUUCUCCUUAAUUCCCGAUUUUCUCCCGGAACAAUCCCUGCCUUGCCCUUCUCAAUUUUACCCGCCAAAACAAAUAAAUUCCCCACUUUUCAAAAUUUCCUUCCUCUUCAUUUCUUUGCAAACUCCUAACUGAUUUGGUUACCAAUUAAAACCCUAGUUUCUUCUUCAAUUCCGGGGUGUUUUCUCGCUUGUACGCUUUGUUUCUUGUGUUUUUGGCCAAUACCCACUUCGUUUCUGGGCUUCUUGAAGCUCUUUUUACUGUGUUUUGAGGUCAUUUUGUUUUUGAGUUAAGGUUUCCAGUUCGGGUUUUUUUUUCUUAAUCCAGGUAUGUGAUGACAUAGAUGGAAAAUCUGUCUGCCUGACUAUCAUUUUUUAUAUUCGGGUUGUGUUGUUCCUAUACUGUGAUUGAUUUAUUCAAUGGCUAACCAUGAUCUGAUACUUGGACAAAGCCACAAGUUAGCAUUGGGGCAGAAUCAGCCACUGGUUAUAGGCCAUAAUCGUAAUUUGGGGCUCACCCAGAACCAUGAUUUGGAAUUAGGACAAACCCAUGAGCGUCAUUUAGGCUUGGGACAGGCCCAUGAUCAUGACCUAGGUUUAGGGCAUUCUCAUGAUCAUGAGUUGGAUUUAGGGCAGAGCCAUGACCAAGAAGGGGAUGUUGGUCACAGUUAUGGGCAUGAUAACGAGUUAGCUACUGAUCAAAAACCUGACCAGGGUGACCAUGAGUUUGCUUUAUCAGAGAAUAAUGCAUUGGUUGUUUCAGAAAACCAAGAGCUUGAUGACAACUUGGAAUUGGCUGUGGAUGACAGCCAGGAGAUGGGAAUUGAUCCUGCCCGAGAUUUGCAGCAUUCCCAGAUUGUAGUUAGUCUCCCUCUUGUCCUUCAGGCUCGGAAUUCAGAUCCAUGUUUUGAAUUGGCAAUUGGGCAAGAGUUCCCGGAUGUCAUAAGCUGCCGUAGGGCAUUGAGGGAUACUGCUAUUGCCCUUCACUUUGAAAUGCAGACCAUAAAAUCUGACAAGACUCGUUUCACUGCCAAAUGUGCGAGUGAGGGAUGUCCCUGGCGCAUACAUGCAGCAAAGCUCCCGGGUGUUCCAACAUUCACAAUCAGGACCAUCCAUGAGAACCAUACAUGUGGAGGGAUUGCUCAUCUUGGCCAUCAACAGGCCUCUGUGCAGUGGGUGGCAAACUCUGUGGAGCAGCGAUUAAGGGAGAACCCUAACUACAAGCCGAAGGAGAUAUUGGAAGAGAUUCACCGGGUUCAUGGAAUCACCUUAUCUUACAAGCAAGCCUGGCGAGGCAAGGAGCGUAUCAUGGCUGUUGUGCGUGGAUCUUUCGAGGAAGGGUAUCGCUUACUCCCUCAAUAUUGUGAACAGCUUAAGAGGACAAAUCCAGGGAGUAUCGCACAUGUCUAUGGAAACCUAAUAGAUAACUGUUUCCAGCGUCUCUUCAUAUCGUUUCAGGCCUCAAUUUAUGGUUUUCUGAAUGCUUGUCGACCACUCCUGGGGUUAGAUAGGACAUUUUUGAAAAGUAAGUAUCUUGGAACUUUGCUUUUUGCUACUGGUUUUGAUGGUGAUGGUGCUCUGUUUCCUCUGGCAUUUGGUGUUGUUGAUGAGGAGAAUGAUGACAACUGGAUGUGGUUUCUCUCUGAACUUCAUAACCUGCUUGAAAUUAAUACAGAAAACAUGCCAAGGCUUACAAUUUUGUCUGAUAGACAGAAAGGCAUUGUAGAUGGUGUUGAAGCAAAUUUUCCUACUGCUUUUCAUGGAUUUUGCAUGCGUCACUUGAGUGAAAGUUUUCAAAAGGAGUUCAAUAAUACAAUGCUUGUCAACCUUCUAUGGGAAGCUGCUCAUGCCCUGACUGUAAUUGAAUUUGAAGCAAAGAUUCUUGAGAUUGAAGAGGUAUCACAAGAUGCUGCAUAUUGGAUCCGAAGAAUCCCACCUCGAUUGUGGGCAACAGCCUAUUUUGAAGGCACACGAUUUGGGCAUCUAACAGCAAACAUAGUUGAAUCGCUGAAUUCUUGGAUUUUAGAAGCUUCAGGGCUUCCAAUAAUUCAGAUGAUGGAAUGCAUACGGCGGCAGCUUAUGACUUGGUUCAGUGAACGGCGAGAGACAAGUAUGCAGUGGACAUCAAUACUUGUGCCUUCUGCUGAAAGGCGUGUUGCGGAGGCCCUUGAACGUGCACGCACAUAUCAGGUGCUUCGUGCUAAUGAAGCUGAAUUUGAGGUUAUAUCUCAUGAAGGGACAAAUAUUGUUGACAUUCGCAAUCGCUGUUGCCUUUGUCGUGGCUGGCAGUUGUAUGGUUUGCCCUGUGCUCAUGCUGUGGCAGCACUUCUUUCUUGCAGGCAGAAUGUUCAUCGGUUUACUGAGAGCUGUUUCACUGUAGCAACAUAUCGUAAGACGUAUUCUCAAACCAUUCAUCCGAUUCCAGAUAAAAGUCUAUGGAAAGAGUUAUCUGAGGGAGAUCCAAAUGCCAACAAAGUUGAAGUUAUCAUCCACCCACCAAAAUCACUUAAGCCACCCGGUCGACCACGAAAGAAGCGAGUUCGAGCAGAAGACCGUGGCCGUGUGAAGCGGGUUGUACAUUGUAGCCGUUGCAAUCAGACAGGUCAUUUUAGAACAACAUGUGCAGCACCAAUUUAAGCUCUGAUUUUCUAGAAAGCUGAUUUGCUGCUAUAGAACUUGGGUAUGUCCCAUCUAUGCAAAAUUAUUCUUGCUUUCUUUGCUUGUUCAGGUAGUAUUUAUUAGGUAUUAGAUUUGCAGGUAAAUGCUUUGUUCUAUUUCUGUCAUUUAUGUGAAUUAUGCCCUGAAUCAGCUAUCCACUUAUCCUAUACGAAUGCUCCCUUCAAAUACUAUAUAUUAUUGAGGAUCUCUCUCGUGAUUGUAGCUCUUAAUACUAUUUUCUCUACUUGAUCUCAUUUGCUUAUGUGUAUUUUCUCUGCUUGUUGCCCAAACAUAUUAUUUUCUGAGCCAAAAACAGAACAUAUUAUUGAUCCCUGUUAGAAGCUGCCUAGACAAAAAUGAAAAAGAAAGAGAUUCUGAUAUCAUUUAAUACUAAGUGAUUUAGAAGCACCAUAUAAUAAAUCAUUGAAUUAAUGUUUCUCCUUUUUAUAUGCCCUUAAAUUUAUUUGGCUAUACAUUUAAUUUAGCUUUAUUUGAUUAGUAGGUGAGAAUGAAUUCUCAAUGCAUCCUCACGAUGUUUUGGACUAAACCCUUAACAAACAUCCAUUAAUAGAAAAAAUCAAUUGCAUUCUCUAUGGCAAAAUUUUCUUUUACAUAUAGCAAGAGAAACUUAAAAAAAAUCUACUUAACUAAUGUUACUUGGCACAAGAUUUUUCAUU